CACAACCCUCUGUCAGUGUGUAGUCGUGAGUCACAGUGGGUGUGUGUCCCACAGUGAGUGUGUGUGGUACAGUUGUAGUGGUUGUGUAGUAGUUGUGUGGAUGGACGGACUCACUUCACUUCUACUUCUCAUCUUGUUUUCCGGACAACAAACUGGGACCAGUGGAACUUCUCCCCGCUGCUGUGGUUUGUGUCCUCCUCUGGAUCCCGUGGCUCUGAACCAAGAUGGACACGGUUCGUCUUGUCGGAGACUAGAUAACUUCUGGAUGUUUCUUCGUUCCUCCGUGUGACCGCCAGCUGGAUGUAGCCGCUCUGGGUCCUUUCCACCCGGGACCACGCAUCCUAGAAUGAACAUUCACCCCGCGGAGGUUUCUUCCGUGAACUUUUUCCCAGUUUGAAAAAAAAAGAAAAAAAAGAAAAGUAUUUUCCCACGACCCGCCAUGUCGGGAGUGGUCCGCAGCCUGAGCCGCUGCCUGCUGCCGGCCGACGCCAGCCGGGAGCCGGGCGGCAGCAAGGAGAGGAGCCGGGAGAGGGACGCGGCGCAGGAGCGGGAGGCGCGGCGCAGGAGCCGGGAGAUCGACGCGAUGCUCGCCCGGGAGAGGAGAGCCGUGCGGCGGCUGGUGAAGAUCCUGCUGCUCGGGGCCGGGGAGAGCGGAAAGUCCACAUUCCUCAAGCAGAUGCGCAUCAUCAACGGGCAAGAGUUCGACCAGAAGGCGCUGCUGGACUUCCGGGACACCAUCUAUGAGAACAUACUGAAGGGAAUGCGUGUGCUGGUGGACGCCCGCGACAAGCUGGGCAUCAGCUGGCAGAGCUGCGAGAACGAGAAGCAAGGCAUGCUGGUGAUGUCGUGGGAGGGGCGUGUGGGCGCCUCGGGGGUGGAGCCCGGCGAGUUUCAGCUGUACGUGACGGCACUGAGCACGCUGUGGGCCGACGCCGGCAUAGAGGAGGCCUACACACGGCGGGCCGAGUUCCAACUGAGUGAGUCGGUGAAAUACUUCCUGGAUAACUUGGACCGGAUUGGACAACCGAACUAUAGGCCAAGCAAGCAGGACAUUCUGUUUGCGAGGAAGGCGACUAAAGGAAUCGUCGAGCACGACUUUGUCAUCAAGAAGAUUCCUUUCAAGAUGGUGGACGUCGGAGGGCAGAGGUCUCAGAGGCAGAAGUGGUUUCAGUGUUUUGACGGGAUCACAUCCAUACUCUUCAUGGUUUCGUCCUCCGAGUACGACCAGGUCUUGAUGGAGGAUCGAAGGACAAACCGUCUGGUGGAGAGCAUGAACAUUUUCGAGACGAUCGUCAACAACAAGCUCUUCCUCAACGUGUCCAUCAUCCUCUUCCUGAACAAAACCGACCUGCUGGUGGAAAAGAUUCGCACAGUGGACAUCCGCAAGAACUUUCCUGAGUUCAGAGGAGACCAUCGCAGGCUAGAGGACGUUCAGGCGUUUCUGGUGCAGUCAUUCAGUCGUAAAAGGAGGAACCGGGGGAAGCCGCUGUUCCACCACUUCACUACGGCGGUGGACACGGAAAACAUUCGCUUUGUCUUCCACGCCGUCAAGGACACCAUCCUGCAGGAAAACCUCAAAGAUAUCAUGCUGCAGUGACCUUCACGCUGCAGACGACGGCUUCUCUGACUGUGAACUGUGAAGGCAGACGUGAAUCAGGCCUGAGUCUGACACAUAUGAACCUGUGGAGUUGACCCUCGGUGAGGAUCUAACUGAACUCUGAACCUGUGGAACCAUCAAGUGGACGUCGGCCCCCUGUGGACAAACUGUGAGGGUCAGACCCUUUGUGUAACCUGUACAAAUGUGUGUAUCGCUGGAAAGACAGUCACCUUCUCCUACUCGUAGCACUCAAGUGUUCUUAAUAUACAUGUUGAGAAAUGUAUAGAAAAGAAGAGAGAAACAAGAGAAAAGCCCCGACUACAUGACAUGAGCACUGAAAGUGGGUUUUCUCGGAUGUAAAUAAUGACAAACCCUGUCACUAAACCAAGUCAGACUGAUGGAACGAUCGAGCUGUGGAAGCAACAACCAGGAGUUCAUGAACGUAACGAGGAGGAAAGAAAGAACCUAAUGUACAUGUGACGGAGGGGAAGAGGGUUUGUGCUCGUACCAGUCAUAUGCUGCGUUAUCUGAUAAGGUUGCACACGUGUUCCGGUCAAUGAUCUUUAACCGAGGGAAAGACGUGAAUGUGUCUUGUGCUCUCUGUUCUCUCCUCAUCUCCCCUCCGCUACUCUCCUCUCUCCUCAUCCCACCAUCACACAAGAGAUGAACAGCUGCAGAUAACAAGUUGUACCGCUCUUUCUUUUUUUUUUCCUAUGCCUCUCCUCGUCUCUCUGGCACAAUGGUCAGAUUGUUCGUCUCCUCCCUCUCCAGCUGAAACAGUAGACGGUCAAAUUAGAGAGUCGUCUUGGUUUAAAGAAACACACACACACACACACACACGAAUUAUGGUUAAUCUCUAUCCUGAUGUCUUUCUCCUGUUUCCCACCAUCAUCCCAUUAUAUAUGUUCCACAACAGCCGAGACUUGACCCCAGGAAGAUCGUAAGCAUCCCCCUUUUGUCUUUUGUCCGGUAAACACAAAGGGAACAACAGAAAACGACAGGAUUGAACUGUCGAUGACUUUAUCCCCAUGUUUCUGGCACAGUUUGGGACUUUUGGAUUCUCUCCUGACUGUAACAGUCGGGGUGAGAAGUCCACAGCGAGCGAAGGAAACGAGCCAGACUGAGUCAAAAACACAUGGAAGUCAUCUCAUUUAUGCAGAUGAUGAUACACAGUCAGAUCCUUUUCUCUAUCAUCUGAUAGUUUCCGUAUCAGGGACACGUGAGUCAUAACGUGUGAGUCCCCAAAAAGUCUUUCCUUAUAUCUAAAGUUGAUUAAUCAGACUGAAAUAUCAAUAACUAUCAUUUUGAUCAUCAAUGAAUAAUAAGUCAUUACUCAGUAAACAUUUGCAGGUCCCAGCCUCUCAGGCAUUCAUUUUAAUUUCAUCUAAUUAGUCAGAAGACGUCACUUUUGGCUCUUUCACUGUUUUCCCACAUUUUAAAGCUGCACUCGUGAAUAUUUGAAUUUUACCAAUGACAAAAUGACUUAGUAUGAAGCACACAGUGUUGAUUUCCACAGUCAUCAGAGGAUUUCAGCUUCUUCCAGCUCUUUGUUUUGGUUUGAUGUGGGUCAGCGUCGCUGCUUUUGAAGAGUUUCCAGCGCCAGAAGGCCCCUGAUUUAAAAAAACUACGACAAACUCACUGUAUAAACAAAACAGCCGGUAGACAGGGGAGGAUUUAGAGCCUGAUAUUUCCUUCAGGAGUUGGUGGAGACCAAAAAGAGAGGAAAAGGAGAGCGAGAGUCGAGUUAGAUUCAUCACAAGACCGAGAACACGGCAGUAAACGAACUGUUGGCAAGUUUAUCGACUUCAAAAGUUCGGUGGUGUGUUCACAGCUUGUUGCGAUCCCCCCCCCCCGAGCGACAAAAACUCAUCGAAGCAAGUCAUCGAAAAAAGUACCAGCAGAUUAACCACUAUUGAUCAUAAUCACUAUUUGCAGCCUUAUUUAUGCCUGUUGAAAAGUUAGCAUUCGCUGGUAAUGUAGCGUAGAGAAUAAUACAUUUUUAAAAAGCACUGUUGCUAUGGUUACUUGCAGUUUUACGAACCUUGUGCACUGAUUUCUUACCGGUGGUUAAACUGUCGGUUGUUGCCAUGUUGGACUUGUUCCUUUUUUUUACGUGAUUUUAACAAACCCCUCAGCCAAUCAGAAGCCAGUGUUUUCCAGAAUAUGUUAAAUCAGCUCGAACCCUGAAUCUUUGGAUCCUCGAAAUAAGUUCCCGACUAAUAUGGAGUGAUUAGCAUUUUUGGUACGCAGCAGCCGCAAGGAAACAGCCGAGUGAUAAAUCCAAACAGCCCCGAGGGGAACGACUCAUGAGCACUUCCACGAGCCUUAUUAUUAUCAAACUGUAUCAAACUGUGUCCUGUGUCUGUUUUGUGUGUGUUCAUCGGGACUUGUGGCCCGUUGGAGCACGUUUUCACUUCCUGUACAUAGUAUUCUGUAAGUAUUUGCCUGACACUGUGUGUUAACCUUACAAUACAAACACCACUCGGUCGAACAGUAUCACUGUCACUGUAAACGUUGCUGUAAAACGUGUGUCGUUAACUAACCUACCUUUUUCCACUCACGCGCAACUUUUUUUUGUUUUUUGUAAGUGUCGUCAUUGCACUGGAUGUAUCCAAGAGAAAAAAAAAAAACGACCAGAGAGGAAGAAGGAAAGAAAACAAGAGAGAGGCAGAGAAACAAAUAAACAGACUUUGAAAGUGGAGCAGGAUGAAGAGAGGGGGACGUCUUCGGCUGUUCUGUUUUGUUUCCCACUGCCUUGGCUCUGUGCUCUGUGGUGAAAUACACUGCCUUUUGCUGA